AUGAGCCGGGAAGACGCGAGCCCCGCGGCGGGCGCAGCCCCUGCCUCGGACCCGGGCCGGGCGGCGGUGGCCUCGGCCUAUCAGCGCUUCGAGCCGCGUGCCUACCUCCGCAACAACUACGCGCCCCCGCGUGGGGACCUGAGCAGCCCGGACGGCGUCGGGCCUUGGAAGCUGCGCUGUUUGGCACAGACCUUCGCUACUGGUGAGGUGUCUGGACGCACACUCAUUGACAUUGGUUCUGGCCCCACCAUAUACCAGCUGCUCAGUGCCUGUGCCCACUUCGAGGACAUCACCAUGACAGAUUUCUUAGAGGUUAACCGCCAGGAGCUGGGGCUCUGGCUGCGUGAGGAGCCCGGGUCCUUCAACUGGAGCGCGUACAGCCAGCACGUCUGCCUCAUUGAGGGCAAGGGUGAGUCCUGGCAGGAGAAGGAGAGCCAGCUUCGAGCCCGGGUGAAGCGGGUCCUGCCUGUUGAUGUGCACCAACCCUGGCCCCUGGGCACCGAGAGCCCGGCACCCCUGCCUGCUGAUGCCCUGGUCUCCACUUUCUGCUUGGAGGCUGUGAGCCCAGAUCUGGCCAGCUUCCAGCGUGCCCUGGACAACAUCACCACACUGCUGAGGCCUGGGGGGCACCUCCUCCUCAUUGGGGCUGUGGAGGAGUCCUGGUAUCUGGCUGGAGAGGCCAGGCUGGCAGUGGUGCCGGUGUGUGAGGAGGAGGUGAGGGAGGCCCUGGUGCAUAGUGGCUAUGAGGUCCGAGAUCUUCGCACCUAUACCAUGCCUGCCCACCUUCAGACAGGUGUGGAUGACGUCAAGGGCAUCUUCUUUGCCUGGGCCCAGAAAAAGCUGGGGGUAGGGGUGUGAGGGCCCAGUGUGCCAGUACCCAUGACCCCCCGCCACUCAGAUUGCCUACUCUCUGAGGUGGCACCUAAUAAAGAAAUAAUUCCCUGCUGUUGAA